AUGUGCCACGGCAUAGUCUGGUACCACGCCCUGUGCCUACACCAAAACAUAUCCAAAUCCUCUCUAGUCUUCUGUCUCGACGCCCUGACAACAGGAGACGACUGCCUGCCCGCCGUCCAGGAAGUGCUCUACAUUCCUUUGGCGGGAUGGUGCUGUGUCUGCAAGCACGAGCAGUGGCGGAGAUAUCGACGAUACCGGCGGACAAAGCGGCGGCGACAGCAGGAACAUGAAGUUGCGGCGGAGGCAGAUACAAACGAAGACGGGGUUUCUCAAAUCGCGAAAAAAAGGAAGCAGUCUCAUGGGAACGACAGCCAGUGCAUGGAUGUUGACGCAGAUCAUGUCAGCCCUAAACAAGGGCGACAUCAUCGCGUUGUGGAUACACGUUGGCCAGAUGGGCACGAUGUGUCUACGGCAGAAUACGUCGAGUCAAUUCCCGCGGAAGAAGGUCAACUCGGACCAUGCCCUCCCAGAGGUCGGCCCAGACAUCGACAAUCAUGGAUUCCCGUGCCGAAGGUUCAACCUCGGAAAUCAGAGCCAGCCCCGUAUCUGGAGACCAGUGAGGACGAAAGGCAAUGCCGUCGUCGUCCGCGGCAGUCGUUGAUCCCUGUCCCGGCAGGGAAGUUCCAAAAAAGACAGCCAUCAGGGACGACGCGGCCAUUGAAAGCAAAUGAUAGUGAUAGGGAUUCCUUCGUUGAUGAUUUUGAAAUGUUCGAUCAGGAGACUUUCUGA